UGUGCCACAAAGGCUCUUGAAACAGUUGGCAAGUAGUCGCCACCGGCGGCAAAGAGUCGCAGAUUUUGCCGACAUCCAGCCGAGUACUUGCCACCGCUUUCCCGCCGCCAUUUUCACUCGGCAAACCAGUGUAUUUGCCGGACUUAAUCUGUCUACUUGCCGUCGACGGCCCAUCCCAGGCCAUAGCAAGCUUUAAAUGGUAUUUAAGAUUUUGCUUCUGGCCACAUUCUUGCCAACUACGGCCCGACUCGAAUGAGAUACCAAAAUGCCCCAACUCUUACUUAAAGUAGAGGAAACUUAAAAACCUCCACACCGUCAACAUUCUGUCCAUCAAAUCAGUAUUUUGUCUUUAUUCCAUUAAACGUACUUUGUCAUGAUUAAAUUUGCAGUAGUUAUAUUUCCCGACGAAGAUAACGCCAUUGACGUUAUAUCGUCAUCUUGGAUUCUUCCGCCACUUAUUGCAAAUGGGGGGACCCAAGUGAAGAACUGCAGAUAUCCACCAUCAAAAGUUCGAGGUGCAAAACUAGCCAAACUUGUUUGCAAUCAUCAACCCCCAUCUUCGGAUUGGUUGGUCUGUUCUUGUCGAGUUUUGAAAGAGUAUGGUAAGCAGUUUGUUGCAAAAAAGUAUAUGGCAAAACUAAUUAUUUGCUGUUAUCUAUGUUAUUUUCUAGACAAUUAUUUGACCGCCCGUGAAGCAUCAAUUAGGGCGGAAGAAACUUCCAACUUGGAGCCAUCUUCCGUUGAGGAGGCAGAUUCUAGGCGAAUCCGAAAACGCAUACAAAACAAAGUAAAGCCGCCACCGUGUAAUUCCAAUAGCAACAAGCUUCAAAAAAUAAUUGCUGUAGCCGAAGAUUCUAGCGACGAAUCCAACACGUUGGAGGACGACAACCCGACAACUUUUUGCCUUGGAUUAGUUAGAGAAACAGCCGAUUUGGAAAGGGGCGGUUAUGAAGGUGCAGCUAAUGACAACACAUUAUUUGCACCACCUCAUGGACAAAUAGAAAUAUACCCAGGAGGAGGAGAUCAAAACACUUCCGCAACCCACCAGGCAGAGGAUGUCGAGUUUAAAAAUCAGUUCGUACAGUUUCUAGAGGAAAAUAGAAAAUUUCAAGAUGCGGUGAUUUCCAAGCUAGAAAUAAUUUCUAGUAAGUUGAAGCACAUUAAUCUUGGGACGACGUGUGCAAAAAAUAUUAAAUUGACUGGAGCCCCGCUACUGCCUUUAACCAGCAAGGAUGGUUUAGCUUCCCUCAUAACCUGGCUUGGUAUUGAUAAAAAUAGUGACCUAAUGAUCGAUUAUCUAAGUCUACACGGAGGAGAAAAUGUUUCUGCAGUAACCGGAAGCAUUCUUUCUGAAAUAUUUACGAACCAGUUCGCAACAGUAGUUAGCUUUACUGGACAAGGACAAAAAGCGGUUUGUGGCAUAAAGGACUCAAUAUUACCUAAAUUAAUCACAAAGUCGGUGCGGUCAAAUAAAGGCUUUAGCCAAGCAACAGAUUUCGAGGUGAAGCAGGCAAUAAUAAACUGGUUGAAGAACGCUGGUGACAGAGGUGGGGGUCGAGCAGCUCGUCGUCAACGUCAUUUGACAGGAUGAAUACAGUCACCCCGAGAACGGAAUUACGCCGCAGAAGAAAAGCAACAUCACGUAUAUUGCAAUUUAUUAGAAGUAAGACGAUAGGAAAUACUGUGCCGACAUUAUUAUUUAGUGAAGAAAUUGUAGAGCCACCAGUGAAUGUUCAAAUAGUUGAAACUGAAAUAAGUAGCGCUGAACCCUCAGAUUUUGUAUUAGACAACAGUCAAGUAAAUGUUGAGUCAGAUAUCAAUUUUCCUUUACUUUUGCCAGAUAGUCUUCGUCUGUGGGCUACAGCACAUAAUGUUACACAUAUGUGUCUCCGAGAACUGAUAACCAUUAUAAAUCCACAUAUUAACAAUAUUCUUCCUCUCGAUCCUAGAACAUUAAUGAAAACGCCACGACAGAUAGUUAUAGAAAAGCUAGGUGGAGGUGAACUAGUUUAUUUCGGUAUAAAAAAAGGUGUGGAAAGACGGCUAAAACUAAAAUUAUCGGAUUGCAAUUUUCCAAUUAUUAAAAAAUGGCAGCAUGAGUCUAUUUCGAAAAUUAUUUCAAUAUCAGUUGGUAUUGACGGGGUACCGAUUUCUCAAAGUAAUACUAAGUCGUUUUGGCCAAUUCUUGGUAUGCUGGACCAAGCUGUAGAUUCAAGUCCAUUUAUUAUUGGAUUAUUUUGCGGCAUGUCAAAGCCAAAAGAUACUUUAUUUCUUAAACAAUUUGUUGACGAAGCAUUAGAAUUAGAAAGGACUGGUAUUUUAUUUAAAGACUUACAAUUUGCAUUUAAAAUAUCUUGUAUAAUAGCUGAUGCACCAGCUAGAAGUUUUAUAAAAGGGUGCAAACAGCAUAAUAGCUACAACUCGUGUGAAAGAUGCGAACAGGAAGGUGAAUGGCUUGGAAGAGUAAUUUUAAGAGAGACAGUAUGUCCACAGAGAACGGAUGAUAAAUUUAUUAAAAAAACGGAUGCAGAUCAUCACACAUACGACAGUGAAUUGCUGAGAUUAAAUUUAGGCCUGGUGUCACAAAUAGUACUUGACCAUAUGCAUUUAGUUUUUCUAGGAGUAACUAAAAAAUUAUUGAACAUUUGGGUGAAAGGUAAAUUGCCGCACCGACUUAGUUCACAACAAGUUUUAAUUUUAUCUAGAAAUUUAAUUCGACUUAGACCUUUUGUAUCCCGUGAUUUUCAACGCAAACCUCGUGGGCUCGACGAACUAAAUCAUUUCAAGGCCACUGAAUUUAGACUUUUUUUGCUGUACUCUGGAAUAGCAGUAUUAGGCGAGACACUUCCACUAAAUAAGUUUAAAAAUUUUCUAAAAUUACAAGCAGCGAUGUCAAUAUUAUUAUCUCCUAAUGCAAGUAUAAAAUCGUGGAAUGAUGUAGCCAGGUCGUUGCUCAUACAAUUCGUAAAAGAAGUUGAAUUAAUUUACGGUCCAGAAUUUAUGAUAUAUAAUGUGCAUUCAAUUAUACACAUUUGUGAUGAUGCAUUGAAUUUUGGUAAUUUGUCCAGGGUCAGCGCAUUUCCUUUCGAAAGCUAUAUGCAGAAACUAAAAAGCAUGCUGCAUGCUAAAAAUUAUCACCUGAAUCAAGUAGCGAAACGCUUACAAGAAAUUGAGGCAAUUGAUUUUGCGACAAAAAUUAUGAAAUCUAGUACGCAACAGUUUUCUAAUAGUAAAUAUGAUAAUUGUUUCUACUUAGGAGAUGGUACUUAUGUAAUAUUAAAAUAUAUUAACCUAUCCAUAAAAUAUUCAGAGUUUUACGAGGUUAUAAAACUUGAUAAAUUUCCGGAAUAUCCAUUCAAUAGCUUAACCGUAAAUAUAUUUCUAGCUAAAAUUACGACUAAUGUGAGGAUUGUUAAUUACAGUGAAGUUAUGUAUAAAUGUUUACUUUUACCUUAUAAAAAUAUGUACUUGUGUUUACCACUUCUUCAUACUUUAAAAUAAAUAACAAAUGAAAAAGUAAAUAAUAUGUGCAAUUACUGGUGGCAUUUGGAUGGGUAUAAGCAUUUCCGCAGGUCUGAGCCAUGGUCUUGCCACCGGUGGCAAGCCGGUAUCAAGUUGGCGUGCCAACUGGAAUACGAAGUUGGCCCGUACGCGAUCGCCACCGCCAAGCCACCUAUGGCCAUUCGGACAUUUCCUGCAGUUUGCCGACCCAUUUUGGCCGCAGCUGCGCCUACUGCGGCCCUGCUAGUUUGGC